AGUUUCCUUAGAUGGGCGGAUUUGUAUCGCCUUGACGUUGUUGUUGUGGGAGUAAGAAUGUACUUAGUCGUCAAGUCUUUAAAAGACUAAAAGCAAGACGUUUCUUUGAUAUUUACAUAACACAACAAUAGCACACAACCCCAGAGGAAGUAUUUUCUGCGAACGAAAAGCCAAGAGUGGGAGGAAAUGAGAGAGAAAUUCAGCGAGGCCGCUCGAGGUGUGGCCCAAACUGUGCUGUUGCUGUGAGGGAGAAGUGCUCUCCUGUUUUUUCUCUCUCCUGAUGCCCCCUUCUGCACUGUAAAUUCAUGAUCACAUGACUUUGGAUAUGGACGCAGUCCUGUCCGACUUUGUCCGUUCUACUGGAGCUGAACCCGGACUGGCCAGAGACCUGCUGGAGGGAAAGAAUUGGGACCUGUCAGCUGCACUGAGUGACUUUGAGCAGCUGAGACAAGUGCACGCUGGGAGCCUCUCAUGCAGCUUUGUUGAGGAGAGCGAGUACCCCUCCAUUGAGAAGGAGAUGGCACGGACGGGGCGGCCCCUCUUGCAUCGACAAGAUGAGGUUGUGCAAGCAGCCACAGAGAAGAGACUGUCGAGGGGAAUCUCUCACGCCAGCUCCACCAUCGUCUCUCUGGCCCGAUCCCACGUGUCCAGUACAGGAGGAACCAACGAGCAGCUCCUGGAUACCCCGCUCUGCACCUUCCAGUUGCCGGACCUCACCGUCUACAGAGACGACUUCCGCGGCUUCAUCGAGAGAGACCUCAUUGAGCAGUCUAUGAUGGUGGCGCUGGAGCAAGCUGGUCGGUUGAACUGGUGGACUCGUUUGGGGACUGGCUGUCAAAGUUUAUUACCUCUAGCAACAAGUGGUGAUGGGAAUUGCCUGUUACACGCAGCCUCUCUGGGAAUGUGGGGCUUCCAUGAUCGAGACCUGAUGCUGCGGAAAUCUCUCUAUGCACUGAUGGAUCAUGGGCAGGAAAGGGAAGCUUUAAAGCGAAGGUGGAGAUGGCAGCAAACCAUGCAGAACAAAGAGUCGGGGCUGGUUUACACAGAGGAAGAGUGGCAGAAAGAGUGGAACGAGUUGUUAAAACUGGCAUCUAGUGAACCCAGGAUACACUACAGCACCAAUGGCAGCAACGGUGCCGAGUCGCAGGAGGAGCCGGUGUAUGAGAGCCUGGAGGAGUUUCAUGUGUUCGUUCUUGCUCACGUGCUCCGCAGGCCCAUAGUGGUGGUUGCUGACACCAUGCUGCGGGACUCUGGGGGAGAAGCUUUUGCACCAAUUCCUUUCGGAGGGAUUUAUCUGCCUUUGGAAGUACCAGCCAACAAGUGUCACCGCUCCCCUUUGGUUUUGGCAUAUGACCAGGCCCAUUUCUCUGCCCUGGUCUCAAUGGAGCAGAAGGACAGUUCCAAAGAACAAGUGGUGAUCCCUCUGACAGAUUCAGAUCAUAAGAUGCUGCCUUUGCACUUUGCUGUGGAUCCUGGGGCAGACUGGGAAUGGGGCAAAGAUGACAAUGACAAUGUGAUGCUAGCAAGUGUAACCUUAUCUCUGGAGGCCAAGCUCCAUCUGCUGCAUUGCUACAUGACUGUCACCUGGCUUCCUCUGCCCUGUGAGGUACAGCAGGCCCCACUGGCACAGCCAGAGUCACCAACAGCAUCUGCAGGAGAGGAUGCCCGCACCCCACCUGACUCUGGAGAAUCCGAUAAGGAGUCCGUUAGUAGCAGUUCCAAUGGAAACGGUGACAGCAGUACUACUGGAACUAGUGGGACAACAGGCAAAACCAGUGGUGGAUCUUCCAGCUCCUCAAGCUCAUCCAGCAACAGUUCAGGAGGAACCACCGGCACAAUUGGAAAGGAGAAGGGGAAGAAAGAUAAAGAAAAGGAUAAGGACAAGAAGCGUGCAGACUCUGUUGCCAACAAACUGGGAAGCUUUGGCAAGAGCCUGGGCAGUAAGCUGAAGAAGAAUGUUGGGGGCCUAAUGCCAGGGAAGAAUGCAAGUGGAACUGGAGGCAAACAAGAGGGUCAGGAGAAGAAGAAAGGCUCUCUUAGAGGCCGUAAGGGGAGUAAGGACAGCUCUCCUUCCAUUCAAACUGGCUCCGAGGACUCUGGGAAAGGCUCACCCUCCUCAACCAGCGAGCGGCAAAACGGAGGCUACUCUUCGGAAAGUGACCCUUUCAAAUACAGCUCGGAUGUGAAAGUGAGUCUUAGCAUCCUUCGAUCUGCUAUGCAAGGUGAAAGGAAGUAUAUCUUCUCUGCGCUCCUUACCACCAGCAACCGGCAGCCGUUCCAGGAAGAAAUGAUUCAGCGCUACCUGGUUGAUGCAGAGGAACGCUUUCAUGCAGAACAGGAACAGAGAAGGGAAGCGGAACGGAAAGCAGCAGGAGGUCUUGCGCCGACUGCUGGACCCCAGAUGAAGAAGGACGCACCUGAGCUAAGCUACAGAGGUUUUGGAAGCAAAGAGGAAGUUACCGACAGCUCGCCUCCGAAUUUUAAUGCGUUGAAAUCGUCCUCUUUCAGUCCUGUGAUUUACUCUGGUGUGGUCCCAAUCCCGAGGCACACCUUUAUUGACCAUUCUCCUACCCCAAUGACACAGCAUCUCCAUAUGCAUCAUGGUUAUAUGGAUACACGACGGCAGCUGGCAGGAGGAUCACCAUCGUCUUACCCAGGUCUGCCUCCUUAUGCUACUCUCCCCAGACAUUGCCCUCUAGCACAGGGCCCGCCUCAUGCCCAGUACCACCCGCCCUCGUCCAGCUUGGGAAGCCCAUCCCGUAUCAUCACCCCCUGCCUGACGUCUUUUCCGCAAGAGCAUGACCCAAUUGAUUAUCCAAGCGAACCCAGCGGAACCUACACAAACGGCUUGCGGGACUUGCGCUCUACUUUGGACAGUCGAAACGGGCCGAUGCCCGUGAGGCAUUACUCCUUAGGCAGUGCGGGUGGCCUGGCCAACUUGCAGUCCAGCAAAUGCCGAACGCCUACGUGCAAUUACUAUGGCCACCCGGAGACGGGCAACUACUGCUCGUACUGCUACAGAGAGGAACUGAAGAGACGGGAAACAGAGCCAGCCAUCCACAGGUUUUGAAUGGACAAUCGUUGGCCUGUUCCUCUCAUAAUGGACUCAUUGGAGCACGCCGUGUGAGCCACAUCAUAUCCUGUUUGUGUGGAUCUUGCUUUAAAACAUUAGAUCGGCCUUUCUGAACCAGGUUAUUAAGACUCAGUGUCCACAAACAAUGGCCAUUGUGGAUAUGGGACUGCUGUUGUGUUACAUUUGCUGUGGCUCAUAGGCAGGAGCUUUAAGCUCCUCCCACAUUAGCUUGAUGUGGUCAUACUCUUACCUGUCUCUUUGUCUCCUCCUUGUGGUGAGAAAGUAGAGUACAGGCAAUAAACCAUGGAGCUCAACAUACGUCACACAAACACGCCGCAUACCCUAAAAUACACAUUAAGCACAACCAGAAAAUGCGUAUUUAUAUCAGCUGCAUUUGUAUACAUAAUAAUAGACAUUUCAUGUAGGAUUUCAGCUGCAAUUCAUGUAGGACUUGCCAUAUAGCGAGUGUAAGGCAACGACACACUGUUAACUUCAAGUGAGUGUUAUCCACAUUAGUCCAACGCUACAGUACUUUAACUUGCACCCUUUUGAAGCCAUACCUGGUUGGCUUAAAUGAGCUAAUAUGGUGCUUUUAUUGCUUGUUCAACUGACGGAGCUAAACCUCAACAGGCAAAGGUUUCGCUUCAGGUCUUCACAUGACCAUAUUAAAAGUUACAAUUGUUUAUGUUCUAUCAAGUGUUUCUAGAGCAUCUAAAACCUUUAAAUUCAGUCAAGUGCAUGUCCCCGUUUUAGGAAGAACAAAUCUGAUGUAAAUUUUAUUUUGGAAAUGGUACAUCAUGCUGAAGUGUUAUGUGGGUUAAUAAAUUAGUAGUAGGUACUUGCAGGUCAAAGGGGGAUGAUGCUGAAAACCGAUUCUGACUUUUUCAAAUGUUACUGCUGCACCAGUUUCAAUGGUGUUCCUUUAUGAUAUUGGGGUUAAGGCGUCAGCAUCCCUCAAGUUCACUGGACAUAAUAAUAUCCAUAGAUGCAUUUUCUCCCCCAGAACAGUCGCUGCACCUAAUCAAGCACUUUUUCUAUUGUUCAGAGGUUGCGCGUAUGGAUUUUUGAGAUGAAAUGGACUGUUAUGUUGCUGUGCUUCUAUUCUGCCACUUUGCUCCGUUUUAGAGGCAGAGCUUGCAGUUCCACUCGAAUGGACUGCGGAGGUCAGGGUUCGGCUGUAGAUGCCACUGUGUUGUGCGCAAGUUCACUUGUUUCCUAGUUGCCUUUUCAGUCUUAGUUCAGUCCUCCUGCCGGGGGGGCUGUUGAACUGAAUUUCCAUUUUGUUUGGUUUUUUUGAUUGAUAGUGCUGAUUAUAGUGGUGUUGUUGACAUUUACGGACGUAGAGGGAUGCUAGCAGAUCUCUCAAUAUCUGGAUUAUUAUACGAUGCACUGCGCGUCGAGAUUUUAUGACAAACUUGUGCUUUCAAAAUCCUUUUACUGUUAACAGACAAUAAAGCCAGCUAGAUGUUUAAGUCA